GCAAUUCAUUUCAUGUCUUUCUCUUGCAAUUAUAUAAAAAUUUAUUGAAUUCUUCACGUUUUUGCAUUAAAUAUCGAAAAAAUGUACGUUCUAUAUGCCACACUUGCCAGUUAGAAUUGAAUAAGUAAUAGAACAUUUAAGUAUACUCUAGUGCGCUAAAAUACAUCUUUGGGAAAAAAUUCUGUUUUAUUCCCCAUUUCCAUCAUGCUUUUAUUUGGCCUACUCGCUAUAAUAAUUCACUCUGUGUUUUUAUACUCUGUUUUCGAUAUCUAUUUUAAAUCUCCAAUAAUACAUGGAAUGACCCCAUACGCGGUGCCGCUACCCGCUCCUGCUAAAAGACUUGUGUUAAUAGUAGCAGAUGGAAUGAGAGCGGAUAAAUUUUUUAGCCCCAGUGAAUCUGGUGAAAUAUAUUCUCCUUAUUUGAGAGACAUCGUAACAAAUGUUGGGGCCUGGGGAGUCUCUCAUACUCGAGUACCAACGGAGUCUCGUCCAGGACAUGUUGCACUGAUUGCAGGCAUUUAUGAAGAUGUCAGUGCAGUUACAAAAGGAUGGAAGGAAAAUCCUGUUGAGUUUGAUUCUGUAUUCAAUGAAAGUCGCUACACCUGGGCAUGGGGAAGUCCAGAUAUUUUACCCAUGUUUGCUAAAGGGGAAAGAAGAAAUGUUUUCAUUGACACGUACUCUCCAGAUGAGGAAGAUUUUGCUGGAGCUAAUCCUCACCAGUUAGAUUUAUGGGUGUUUUAAAAAAUUGAAAAAUUUUUUGAAGAAGCAAAAACCAAUUCUUCAUUAAAAGCAUUGCUGGAUCAGGAUAAAAUUAUAUUUUUCUUACACUUGCUUGGAAUGGAUAUUAGUGGGCAUUCUCACAAACCUGGGGAAUACAUUAAAAACAUUCGUGUUGUAGAUGCUGGGAUUGAAGCCACUGUCAACAUUAUUGACAGCUAUUAUCAGUUUGAUGGGAAAACAGCAUACAUUUUCACUUCUGAUCAUGGAAUGACAGAUUGGGGAUCUCAUGGUUCUGGUGAUGAGCAAGAAACGUACACUCCUAUUGUUGCAUGGGGAGCUGGAAUUCGAGGCCCUCUUGGAGAAGGCAAAGAUGUUUAUCAUGAUGGCUUGUCUGCUAGUUGGAAAUUGGCUCAAAUCAAAAGAGUGGACAUGAAUCAAGUAGAUAUAGCUCCGUUGAUGGCCACUUUGAUUGGUAUUCCUUUUCCCGUCAAUUCUUUGGGUAUUUUGCCUGUAGAAUUCCUUGGAACUGAGUGGCCUCAUCGAGCACUCUCUUUAUUGACUAAUGCUCGCCAAAUCUUGGCUCAUUAUCAGCGUCAGAUGCGAAAUAAGAAAGAAAAUACUCUUCCCCUUUUUUUCUGGAGCUUCAAGGAGUUAUCACCAUCUCGUCAGGCUGAACUAAUGUCUAUGAUUGAUACUCUUUUGAAACAAAAUCGUUACAAAGAUGCUAUUCAAGUUGGGAUGAGAAUAAUAGAAGUUGCUCUGAAAGGCCUUAUGUAUUACCAGAAACAUGAUAGGAUUGCAUUGAGUUUCAGCAUUUUUCUUGGUUUCUUGGGCUGGAUUAGCUAUAUAAUUGUGUUGCUUUUAAAAGACUACACAAAUCUAAGUCAUACAUCUUUAGAAUCUUCAGUGAAACUGCCAGAUGAUAACUUUUCUAAAGUUAGAUGCAUUGCUUCAUAUGGAUUUAUUGGAUUUAUAGUUACAUUUAUGUUGCAUAUUCAGAACUCUCCACCUGUGUAUUAUAUGUACUUCUUACUACCUGUUCUGUUAUGGAUGUUAGUUUCAUUAAAAUGGGAUUUAAUUCAAUCCGCAAAAUUGCAAAUACAAGGGCGGAAUAAUAUCUACAAGUUCAUAGGUUUAGUGCUGCUCAGUUUUGUUGCCUUGGAAUUACUGGUCUUAUCUUUUUUCAAAAGAGAAGUAAUGUCAUUUACUUUGUGGGCUAUUGCUGUGUGGCCAUUUUUUUCACCUCUCACGUCCCCACAUAAGCUAUGUGCUGCUUGGUUCAUUGCUUCAAUUGCUUUGUCUGUCUUCCCUUUGAUGCCAGUGAUAGGAAGAGAGUCAAAUUACAAUUUAGUCAUUUUAGCUGGCUGGUUUUUCGUCUUCGUCGUGGGAUUUUGUGCUAGACGGCCAGAAACAGGUUUAAUUUUGAACAAUAGAUUGUGCAAAAGAGAACCUCAGCAAAUUGUGUUUUUAACAGCUCUGCAGGUGAUGUUGUUAUGCAUAGCGACAUAUAAUGUAAAAAGUACUUCCCGCAGCAUUGCUGAUAAAGAAGGGCUACCAGUUUUAAAUCAAACGGUUUCUUGGAUGAUUUUAGUUUCAUCUUUAAUUCUUCCUUUGUUUGGGGCUCAAUCUGUUUUAACCCGCCUCAUGAAUGUAAUGACAUCUUUAUUUUCAUCAUAUUUGCUUUUAUGCAUCUCCCAUGAAGCAAUGUUUUGCUUCAUUUUGUGCAUUGAAAUGGUUUUAUGGCUUUCUCUUGAGCAUCAUCUUUCUUACAACUACACUAAACUUCAAGAUUUAAAUUUUGUCUCAAGUUCAACUCAUACUCAGAAACCUGUUCCUCAUCUGUUGUCUUUGAGUGACAUUCGAAGAGCUUACUUUUUUGUAUUCUUUGUUUUAUUGGCUUUUUUCGGCACUGGAAAUAUUGCCAGCAUUAACAGCUUUGAUCCUAAUAGCGUGUAUUGUUUUCUCACUAUAUUUAAUCCCUUUGUUAUGAGUUUGCUGAUUCUUUUAAAGGUUAUGAUUCCUUUUCUACUUGUAAGUUGUGGGUUUCGAGCUGUUAUGGUGUCGCUGAAAGCUUCCCCAAGAGCUUUGUUCCUUUUAAUUCUUCUAAUGUCGGACUUUCUUGCUUUGCAUUUCUUCUUCCUUAUACGAGAUACUGGUAGCUGGCUUGAUAUUGGCACUUCUUUAAGUCAUUUCAUAAUCAGCAUGACAACAACUAUUUUUAUAAUGCUUUUAUAUGGAUUAGCGUGGAUCCUCACUUCUUUUUCUUGGACUUGUCCAGCUCUAAAAGCAAAAAGACAUUUAUUGUGAUUUUUGAUGUUACUACUGCUUUCAAUUUCUGUUUGGAGAGUUGCAAUUAUGUUCAUGUAUAAAGUUUCAUUUAAGAAAAGAGGAAAGUUGAAACAUAGAUGUUUUAUUUUUUUCUAACUAUGUUUAAAAAAGCUGAUUGUUGCUAUCAUCUGUAUUAUUUAUUUCAACUUUGCACCAAUGAUGUGAUAUAUUUCUCUUUGUUUUAUGUUAGUUUUUUUAAUGAGAAGAACAGACAUAAUUGUUACACAAUUUUCUUUUUUAUAAAGUAGAAUACCAAAAAUAGAAACAAGGUCUGAAAAACUUUAAGCAUGCAAUCAAAUUAGCAUUAUUUUAAAAAAAAAAGUAUUAGAUUACAUAAAAUUAGUUGGAUAGAGAUUUUUCUAAGAAGAUAGAAAAUUAGAAAAAGUUAAAUAAUUUUACUUUAUCAAAGUUUUAAUCUGAUCAACAUCAACAGCAUAUUGUUUUUUUUUAUUAUUCUAUCUCUUUUUGUGCCAUAUCAAAUUGUUUGGAUACUAUGUAAAAUUAAAGAAGUUUAAUUACUCUUAAGUUAUGUCCUAUUUAAACUUGUGUUCUUUGUACAUACAUCAUCAAUAGUUAUGUCAAAAUAAGAUGUUCUCAAAAGCAUGUGCCUGUAAAUAUUUGUACUCAUAAAACAUUUAUUGGGAAGAGUUUUUUUAAAUAAUUUUAUUGUGAAGAGUACUGUUAAUGUGCUGUUCAAUUUAAUUUUAAAAUCUAUACUUUAUGAGGUUAUGUAUUUUAAAGUGUUGGAAAUCUAAGUGAAAAUCAUAAAACAUAAACUAUGUCCAUGUUCGUGCUGAGGCACUAUAUUUUUUUGUCAAUUUGUUUCAUUCGCUAAAAAAACUGAAAGUGUCAAUUAAUUGAGGAUUAACUCAUUUAAAGACAAUUAGAUUUUUCAAAAAGCUUUUGCUAUUUUUUUUAUUUUGUUACAGAUUUCCUUGACUAAUAGUCACAGUUGAAAUUUUUAUUAAAAAAUUGGUUAAAAACAGCGUUAUUACUGAAGUAAACAUGAAAAUUAAUUCAUAUAUUAAAAUAAAAUAUUAAAUACAAAAUUUAUUGGGUGUGCACUGAUUUUUUUUUUAAAUAGUGUGAGGAUUAUAU